GAAGCACAUUGCUUCGAACUUCGAGAGUAGUGGCCAAAAGAUCGCCGAGAGGAUGUCGACAGGCCGUAAGAUCCUUCGCAUGAGCCGUCGCGCGGUGCGACUCCAUGGCACGGCCGCAGCUCCAGCGAUCGCGUCCUCCUCUGUUCGACAGAACCCCACGCCACCUGCCUCCAUGUUGCUUGGUGCAGCCGCCUCGAUAUUUUUGCUUGCAUCCACGAGUACUGUGAUCCAUGCACGAUCGCAAGAGUCCACCCUGGCUGUGAAAGCAGAAGAGCUGUAUAAUUCCCCUUCGUACGAUCGUCGCAAACUGUUGCAGUACCUUCAACGUGGUGUCGGUGAACACCCACACGAUGUGGGGCUUCAAUGGCGACUGGCGCGUGCCGCAUACGACGUUGCGUCGCUGUCGUCAACGUCGUUGGACGAGAAGAAGACGCUCAUCUACCUCGCUCGGGACGUGAUUCAAGCGGCUCUUGCCCUCGAUGCCGACAAUUUUGCCGUGCACAAAUGGUAUGGGAUCAUCUUGUCGUCCAUCGGAGAGUUUGAAGGCUCGAAAGUCACGAUCGCGAAUUCGUUCACGGUGCGCGACCACUGGCUCAAAGCCAUCGCGUUGAAUCCGUCAGACGCGACGUCGUUCCAUUUGUUGGGGCGGUGGUGCUUGACCAUCGCCGACAUUUCGUGGAUCGAAAGGCAGCUCGCGACGGCAAUCUUUGGAACCCCGCCGCGCGCCACGUAAUUCAAAAAGGGUCUUAACGGCAUCGUGGUGAACCGUGAAAGUAGGUAUGCCGAGGCGCUGGCGUACUUUCUGCAAGCGGAUGCCAUUUCCCCAGGGUUUUGGAAGAAGAACUCGCUGCUCGUGGCCCAAACGUACUUGAAACUGAACGACGUCCCUCAAGCCAAGGACUGGCUCCGGCUAGCGCUGGCAGUGCCAGUUGUCACCUCGGAAGACCAGCAAGUGCACGACCAAGCCACGGCCACGCUAGCCACGCUCAAGUAGAGUACUACUAGUAGUAAAUAGGCAAACGGGGGAUAUACCAUGAACGCUCUAGUACUAGUAGUACUAGCAUUCUUUAACUAACGUUGUUCACCGUUGUGACAUACCUA